GUUGGAAGUGAAAAAAAACCCUAACUGGCGUGGCCUGGCGUGUUGCCAAGCGCCCGGUGAGUGCGCAUAAUCAUCGGGCCUAAGCCUAUCAGUAUCCCCGUGAACCCCGUCUUCUCUCCACCCCCCCUCUGGUCGUUGCCGAGCACGGUCGGCUCGCCUGGAGAGAAACGCGGAGGGUCUCCACGGCAGGCCGGUGGGCUCCGUUCGGACUCGGCGAGUUGACAGCCUCCAUUCAGCGACCUUCCAUACUUCCAUAGCUUACAGAUUGGUCAGGAGCCCCAUCAUGGUCCAUUCGGUGGCUCAUCCGGGCCCAUCCUGGCCCAUCCUGGCACUUGGAAACGGCUACAGUACCCGAAUGCUUCUGUCGCCUGUCUGGUAGAGUGGUACACUACGUAUCCCGGCAUACUGCGUGCGCGCCAAGUACCGAAAAUCGUUGCAACCAUGCGGUCACUCCUAAGCACCCCCGGGAUCGCCUCAGUUCCCCGUAUCCGAAUCUCCAAAUUCUUCCGGUCCUAGACCCUUUGCGGAAUGGUUAUGCACGUCCUUCUUGGGGGAUUUUCCUCUAGGGUCUUUGAUUAUGUGGCUUCUUGGAAGGUCGCUGGGGGGGGUUUGUCCGGCUACGAAUUGUACGAUUGAUGAGCUGAAUUGCCGACUAUGAGUGGAUCUGUCGUUGAUUCCCAAACUCAUUGGCCAUUACGAGGAGAAAUUGCGCCUCGGUUGUCUGCUGGUCACUGAAGCGUGUACUGGCGUACUGUAUUUUCCAAAUCAAGGAGGCAAGGAGGCGAAAAAGUCUUUGAACCUCACUUUCCCAAGGUAUUGCCACAGCCCCUACCAAACCAUGGUCAUACUUGUACUCCGUCCUCCAUCCUUAAUGCAUCCAUCCUUAAUGCAUUACCCCGUGGGCUAUUAUUGGAUUAGAUAGUCCCAAUGUUAUAAUUCCGUCGGAUUGUCGCAGUGAUUCGUAAGACUCGCUAUCAACCCCACGACCUCGACGAAAGGAUUGGUUAGAAAUCCUAAUCAACGAGGGGGUCCCACACCCCACAAUCGCCUCUCCACACGAUCUUCUCCUCAAUCUCCUCUUUCCUUUUCCCACAUCUCUAACCAUCGAAGAUGGCGUCGCUAGAGAUCAUGCCAGGGCCGCCUAUCUCGUCUGUAUCAUCUGCAGGGGUCAAGAAACUCGUGUGUCGCGUAUGUCAAAAAGGAUUCACCAAGGCUGAACAUCUCCGAGUAAGUCGAUUCCUCGAUUCCUAGUCCCCACAAAUUUGAGGGGCAGUUAUCAGAUAUGCCAAGGCAAUGCGAAAGAAAGAUAGUCAGAGCGAGAAAUAGGCUAACGCUUAACCGACACAGAGACAUGAGCGCUGUCGUAAGUCUUGCAUUCCUUCGACUGCUAUUCUUUUCUCCGGCCAUUAUAUGUCGGCCGGAUCACCCGUCUCCCUUCCACCAGGGAGAAUGGCCAGGCAAAUCAGCAUGGCAACAUGAAUCCCAACCGAAAAACACUUACCCCCUUAAUAAAAUUCCGUCGGCUGACCGGAAGUAUGUCUUAGACACCGGCUCUAAGCCUUAUGUCUGUAAAGAAUGUCACCGGCCAUUCGCCCGCCAAGAUGCCCUUACCCGCCAUGAGAAAUUGCAUCUGCGGGACAUGAAUGCGAAGCAGGGCACAUCACCACAGUCGGUGCCGCCCCCAUCGGCCUCGCUGGAUUCAAUGGCCUCGUGGGAUGCUCGCAGUACCUCUACCACGACGGGUCCGGUCUCGACGUCGGCCACUAGCCGAUCGUGGGAUGAGCCGCAAGUAGCUCAGCAUCAGGACAUGGACACUGUCGCUACUGAUCUGGAUUUUGCCCUUGUCUGGCCGGAUUCUGAGAAUUUGUUUCAGAGUCUAAUGUCUUCGGAUACAACCGAUCAAUGGCAAAUGCCGCUGGGCACGCUGCCCUUUCCGCCCGUAGUGCAAGAUGUGAAUGGAAUGAAUUUUGGGUCACCCAAUUCAUUUGACGAUCGGAGUUCUUCCGUGGGUGCCAUCCCGUCUGGCGGUGGACAUCAGGCUGUGCGUGAUGUGACGGAGAUGAUAACUAGCUCGUCCUCGAGUGUCACCGCUGCUGUCAAAGCCACGUCAAUCACAUCAGUCUUUCUCGAUGAAUGCCUGCACAUGUUUUUUGUUCGUUUCAUCCCGACCUUCCCCAUCUUGCAUCGCGCGACGUUCGUCUUCCGCGAGUGCACCCAUGCGCUCCUCCUCAAUGCCAUCGCCAUUGGGUCUUUAUACCUAGGUCCCUCCGACUCCGUUGCCAAAGGCGAGGCUUUGUGGCGCCUGGCUCACACGGCCGUUGCAACAUCAUGGCAGUCCUUGAUCACUCACAACGGGCCUUAUGAUGCCUGCAAGGGAGUUCAGUUGAUGAUAACCGCAUUAUUGGGUCAGAUCUAUGGGGCGCUUUCAAAGAACCGAGCCGUUCGCACCACAAGUCAAGUCUUCCGCCCACUCGGCUUCUUCUGGGCUCGUCACUGUGGCAUGUACGAUAGUGAACCCUAUUCGAUGGAGAAUCUCCCUUCUGCCGAGGCUCCUCCAGCUGAGAAGGAACAUCAAUGGCGUAUAUGGGCUGCGCGGGAAAUUCAACAGCGUGCCCUUCUGGCAUACUACAUCCUCGACGGUCUUGUGGCACAAAUGUCUGGUGAUGGAGCAUCCGCCCGCCACGUCUCCAAUUCGUUGAGCCUUCCCAGCAGUGAAGGAGCUUUUGACGCCAAUACCGCCGAUGAGUGGCUGGCACACAUGCACUCGCAACAACCAGAUCAAUCAUCUUUCCGUGUCGUCUUCCGAUCUUUAUUUCCCCCAGUCGGCAACUUCCGAGCGCUCGACUACCAAUUCUCUGCAUUUGCUCUUCGCGUGGUCCUGGAAGGCCUACAGUCCCUGAUCUCCGACUGCGAUGAACACGAUCUCGCGGUUGGUGUCCCGGGACGCUCCGAUGUACGCCGUGCACUCGCUCAAGUACACGAGACAAUUUCAAUGAGCAUCCAUUUCUCUGCUGCAGAGCGGCUAGAGAUCCUCCUUCGUUGGCACACCGUCUGUCUAGACACUAUGAUCAACUCCACGGUUCUCUCUCGACAUGUCUGCUCUCGAUACAACAUCCCACAGUACGUCUCGGGUGGCUGUCGAACAGUUCGGCCUGACUUUGAUCUCCUCAAAUGGGCCAACACGGAAGAUGCCCGUCGUGCCGUCCUUCAUGCCAUCGCCAUCCAAGAUAUUGUCGAGCAACUCCCGCGUGGACGUGCCCAUGUCGUACACAUGCCGAGCUCAUUAUUCGCAGCCGCCACCGUCUACGUUGUCUUCUCACUGGCCGGUGUUGCCACGGUCAAUCUCCCUCGUACGAUAAUCUGGCAAGACGCUCUUCUCUCCCAUUCAGACCUGAAUCUCGGUCACGACGACAUUCGGCCUGCCUCUGGAUCUGAGACGAGACGCUUUGUCGAAACCGAGCAAGCAAUCACACCCGCCCCGAUUGGCGGCACCGUUCGCAACCUUCUGUAUGAAUUGAACUCCAUGCAGAAGCUAUUCCGUUGUCUGUCUUCCCAGUGGGGUAUUGCGCACGACAUGGAAAAUAUUAUCGCUCAGUGGAUUCAAUUAUGUCACUCGUGAUCGGAGCUGGACUCGGGCAAUGGAGAGGUUUGUAUUCAACUGUAUAUAGUUUAGCGGAUAGGAAUGACCAGUAUAAUGAGAUCAUGAAACAUGAAACAAAACCAAUCCAAUCGCAGGAGUAAACUUUGACAUCGCUUGCUCCCGUUCGACUGGAUUUAUAAUUCAGUCUAAGUUAAAAACCUAUCGUGAAUUCAACGGUUCGAUGGCAAUAUGGAGAUUAUGAGACUUUCUCUAUCAUUCUCCAUGAAAGUAUUCCGCCUACCUUCGAGGUUGACAACUCGUCCUGUCUCAAUGAUCAGACCCGUAGAUAAGCCAUGUAGGCCCUACUGCUCCCCAAUUUCGUCCCAUAUAGCUCUCGAAUCAAAUAUCAAAUGUGACGGCUAAGUAACGGUUGACUGACGGUUGACUGGCGGAUAAAGAAGUUCAUGGCACUCUGUGUAUUUCUCGUAUCCUUGUUCCCAUGAUCCGCAAGCACAUACUAUAUCCUUGAAGACUGACGGAACACAGACAUAACACAUGCUAUGGCGAAUGGAAUCCGUCCCCAAGACCGGCAUACCUCCCAGAAUGGCGAACAGGGCUCUUCAGACCUCCACGUCUUCCAAUAUCGCAACAAUGCCACUGACGCGGUCAAAUUCCUCAUUGUGCAAUAACAGAGGGCUGGCACCGAAACCCAGGACGCUGUUUGGGAGCAAGCCGUUGAUUAAUUGAGUCGGUACCUAAGCGCCACACACGGUAAACGUCGGCCGACAGCUCGGACUCCUGUCUACGGAAUAGUUGCUGUUGUCCAGGAGAUGCGUGUGUACAAGUACGACGACAUCAACGAGGUGGUUCUGAACCGGGCAGCACGAGGUAUGCGUUGGGAACUGUGGGAUUUGGAGGAAAUGGGCAAGUCUGGCAAAAAUUCCGGAUCACAGAAUGACUACUAGCGAAUAGCGUCAUAUCUAUGAUGAAGAGUCAUUUCCACUCAUUCAAAGUCGGGUUAUGAGACUUACUACUCCAUCCUAGGUGGUAGUCUGCCC